AUGACAACCAGAAGUACGGCAGGGAUAGUAAAGCCUAAGGCAUUUCAGGCAAGCCUAGAACCAAGGAGUGUGAAACAGGCCCUCAACAUGCCUGAAUGGAAAGUAGCUAUGGACUUGGAGUAUGAUGCCUGGAUGAAAAACAACACAUGGGAGCUAGUGAAGCUGCCUCCAAACAGAAGUGCGAUAAGGAGUAGAUGGGUGUUCAGAGCCAAGUACAACUCAGAUGGGCCUUUUCAAAAAUACAAGACAAGGCUAGUUGCUCAAGGUUAUGCACAAAGACCAGGAUUCGACUUCACAGAAACCUAUAGCCCUGUAGUAAAACCCACCUCCAUAAGGAUAAUACUGUCUAUUGCCUUGGCAAACUCAUGGCUAAUAAGGCAACUUGAUGUCAACAAUGCCUUCCUUUAUGGUGACCUGAUGGAGGAAGUGUAUAUGAAGCAGCCUCAAGGGUUCGAACAGGGAGAUUCAUCACUACCCACAAAAUCUGAUGUGUCAGUUUUUCAAAGUGAUCUUAAUGGAACAAAAACGUUUGUGCUGGUUUAUGUAGAUGACAUAAUAGUCACUGGUGAGUCUGAAGAUACAAUAAAGCAAGUCAUCGAGCAGUUGAAUGCAAAAUUCGCUCUAAAGGACAUGGGAAGCCUACACUACUUUCUUGGAAUUCAAGUGACAAAUACAAGCAAUGGUGGUUUGAUUCUCACCCAGCAAAAAUACAUAAAGGAACUUAUGAAGAAGGCCAACAUGGUGGGCUGCACCUCGUGCCACACUCCCCUGCCAUCUACAGUCAAACUAUCAGCUUGUGGUAGUGCCAAAUUUCAUGACUCUGCACUUUACAUGUCCAUAAUUGGCAGCCUUCAGUACCUUACUGUGACAAGACCUGAAAUAUCAUAUAGUGUACACAAGCUAGCACAAUUUAUUCAAUCCCCACUGAAGUCUCACUGGAAAAUGAUAAAAAGGGUGCUUAGGUACUUGAAUGGAACUUUUAACCAUGGGCUGCAUCUAAAGAAGGAAGGCUCGAUGACGAUCACUGCCUAUAGUGAUUCAGAUUGGGCUGAGGAUCCUGAUGACAGAAAAUCCACCAGUGGCUACUGCAUCUUCCUAGGAUCAAAUCUGGUGUCCUGGGGUUCGAGGAAGCAAACUGCAGUGGCAAAGUCUAGUACUGAGACAGAAUAUAGAAGCGUCGCAGACCUUGUUGUUGAGCUGAUUUGGGUGAAGAACCUACUUUUUGAGCUCUAA